AUGGUGGUAACUCCUACUCAAAUAGAGAUGGAGGCUGUAGCUAUCAUCCUGGCAAAACCAAAACUUUGCCAACAAGCUUCUCAAGAGGAAUUAAAAGUUGAUACUGACAUUUCAGAAAAGAAAUUAAAGGUUGGCAUGGAAGAUGGCCUAGACAUCAAAGGAGCAACUGAGUCAGAAAAAUACUGGCAAAAAAUCAAAAGUAUGCUAAUGAAAUUUGCUGGUAAAACAAAACAGGGAGACAUUGUCAAUAUGGAUGAAGUUCAGAAUAUCAAACUGAAAGAACUGGAAGAUUUUGAGGACUUACUUAAGAGAAGUGUGGUGAAAGUAGAUGAAGAUGCUUCUUGGUUUAACUCUGUCCCCUUUCCCAGAGUGGUGCUGAGCACCUGUGAUUCUUUCUCUCUGAAGACUGUGUUGCUGACUUCCGAACUGGUUGGUGGAGAAUUUGAUCUAGAGAUGAACUUUAUUAUCCAGGAUGCAGAAAGCAUUACAUGUAUGUCAGAGCUUUUAGAGCACUGUGAUGUAACGUGCCAAGCAGAAAUCUGGAGUAUGUUUACAGCCAUUCUACGUAAAAGUGUCCGUAAUUUACAGACCAGCACAGAAGUUGGCUUAAUUGAGCAGGUACUGCUGAAGAUGAGCACAGUGGAUGACAUGAUUGCAGAUCUUCUAGUUGAUAUGUUGGGGGUUCUUGCCAGCUACAGCAUCACUGUCAAGGAGUUGAAGCUUUUGUUCAGCAUGCUUCGAGGAGAAAAUGGAAUCUGGCCAAGGCAUGCAGUUAAACUGUUGUCAGUCCUUAAUCAGAUGCCACAGAGACAUGGUCCUGAUACUUUUUUCAACUUCCCAGGCUGUAGUGCUGCAGCAAUUGCAUUGCCUCCCAUUGCUAAGUGGCCUUACCAAAAUGGGUUUACUCUUAACACCUGGUUUCGUAUGGAUCCAUUAAACAAUAUAAAUGUAGAUAAAGAUAAACCCUAUCUCUACUGUUUCCGUACUAGCAAAGGUGUUGGGUACUCUGCUCAUUUUGUUGGCAACUGCUUAAUAGUUACAUCGUUGAAGUCAAAAGGCAAAGGUUUUCAGCACUGUGUGAAAUACGAUUUUCAGCCACGUAAGUGGUACAUGAUCAGCAUUGUGCACAUCUACAAUCGCUGGAGGAACAGUGAAAUUCGGUGUUAUGUUAAUGGUCAGCUGGUAUCCUAUGGUGAUAUGGCUUGGCACGUUAACACAAAUGAUAGCUAUGAUAAAUGUUUUCUUGGAUCUUCAGAGACAGCUGAUGCAAAUAGAGUGUUUUGUGGUCAACUUGGAGCAGUAUAUGUAUUCACUGAAGCACUCAACCCAGCACAGAUCUUUGCAAUACAUCAGUUAGGACCUGGAUAUAAGAGUACAUUCAAAUUUAAAUCUGAGAGUGACAUUCACCUGGCUGAACACCACAAACAGGUUCUUUAUGAUGGGAAACUUGCAAGUAGUAUUGCCUUUACUUACAAUGCUAAGGCUACUGACGCUCAACUAUGCCUUGAAUCCUCACCAAAGGAAAACCCUUCAAUUUUUGUACAUUCCCCACAUGCUCUUAUGCUUCAGGAUGUGAAAGCUAUAGUAACCCACUCAAUUCACAGUGCAAUUCAUUCGAUUGGAGGGAUUCAGGUUCUUUUUCCUCUGUUUGCUCAAUUAGACAAUCGACAGCUACAUGACAGUCAAGUAGAAACAACUGUCUGUGCUACCUUACUGGCUUUCCUGGUUGAACUUCUUAAGAGUUCAGUAGCCAUGCAAGAGCAAAUGCUUGGUGGAAAAGGCUUUUUAGUCAUUGGCUACCUCCUUGAAAAGUCCUCUAGAAUUCACAUAACCAGGGCCGUUUUGGAGCAAUUUUUAUCUUUUGCAAAAUAUUUGGAUGGUUUGUCACAUGGAGCACCUUUAUUGAAGCAAUUGUGUGACCACAUUCUUUUCAAUCCUGCUAUCUGGAUACACACUCCUUCAAAGGUACAGCUUUCAUUGUACACCUACCUGUCUGCUGAAUUUAUUGGCACUGCCACUAUCUACAAUACAAUACGCAGAGUAGGAACAGUAUUACAGUUAAUGCACACGCUGAAAUACUACUACUGGGUGGUUAAUCCUGCUGAUAGCAGUGGCAUUACUCCUAAAGGACUAGAUGGUCCUCGGCCAUCACAGAAAGAAAUCAUAUCGUUACGGGCAUUUAUGCUUCUGUUUUUGAAACAACUUAUAUUGAAGGAUCGAGGAGUCAAAGAAGAUGAACUGCAGAGUAUAUUAAAUUACUUAUUAACAAUGCACGAGGAUGAAAAUAUUCAUGAUGUUCUUCAACUGCUAGUAGCUCUAAUGUCAGAACAUCCAGCAUCUAUGAUACCGGCCUUUGAUCAAAGAAAUGGGAUACGAGUAAUUUAUAAAUUAUUGGCUUCCAAAAGUGAAAGUAUCUGGGUACAAGCUCUGAAGGUAUUGGGAUAUUUCCUCAAACACCUCGGUCACAAACGGAAGGUUGAAAUCAUGCAUACCCACAGUCUUUUCACACUUCUUGGAGAGAGGUUGAUGCUGCAUACAAAUACGGUGACGGUUACAACAUAUAACACGCUUUAUGAGAUUUUGACAGAACAAGUAUGCACACAGGUUGUUCACAAACCACAUCCAGAGCCAGAUUCUACAGUGAAAAUUCAGAAUCCAAUGAUUCUUAAGGUGGUGGCAACGUUGUUAAAAAACUCCACACCAAGCGCAGAGCUGAUGGAAGUCCGACGUUUGUUUUUAUCUGAUAUGAUAAAACUUUUCAGUAAUAGCCGUGAAAACCGAAGAUGUUUACUUCAGUGUUCGGUGUGGCAGGACUGGAUGUUUUCUCUGGGAUAUAUUAACCCUAAGAACUCAGAAGAACAGAAGAUCACAGAGAUGGUGUACAACAUUUUCCGUAUUCUCUUGUAUCAUGCAAUAAAAUAUGAGUGGGGAGGCUGGAGGGUAUGGGUUGAUACCCUUUCUAUAGCCCAUUCCAAGGUCACCUAUGAAGCUCACAAGGAGUAUCUUGCAAAAAUGUAUGAAGAAUAUCAGAGGCAAGAGGAAGAAAACAUAAAAAAGGGGAAAAAGGGGAAUGUGAGCACUAUCUCAGGCCUUUCAUCUCAGACAACAGGAGCAAAAGGUGGAAUGGAAAUUCGAGAGAUAGAAGACCUUUCACAAAGCCAAAGCCCGGAAAGUGAAACAGACUACCCUGUCAGCACAGAUACCAGAGACUUGCUCAUGGCUACAAAGGUGUCAGAUGAUGUCCUUGGAAAUUCUGAUAGACCAGGAGGGGGUGUACAUGUAGAGGUUCAUGACCUUUUAGUUGAUAUAAAAGCUGAAAAGGUAGAAGCCACAGAAGUAAAGCUUGAUGAUAUGGAUUUAUCACCAGAGACACUGGUAACUGGAGAAAAUGGGGCCCUUGUUGAAGUUGAAUCCCUUUUAGAUAAUGUAUAUAGUGCUGCUGUUGAGAAACUCCAAAACAAUGUUCAUGGGAGUGUUGGUAUCAUUAAGAAAAGUGAGGAGAAAGAUAAUGGGCCAUUGAUAACACUGGCCGAUGAGAAAGAUGAACCUUCCACUAACAAUACCUCAUUUCUUUUUGAUAAAAUACCCAGCCAAGAGGAGAAACUUCUGCCAGAUCUUUCCAGUAAUCACAUUUCUAUUCCAAAUGUGCAAGAUACUCAAAUGCAUAUUGGUGUAAGUGAUGAUCUGGGAUUGCUUGCUCAUAUGACUGGUAGUGUAGAUAUAACAUGUACUUCAAGUAUAAUAGAGGAGAAGGAGUUCAAGAUUCAUACAACUUCAGAUGGAAUGAGCAGCAUUUCGGAGAGGGAAUUGACUUCAUGCAAAGGAUUAGAAUAUGCUGAAAUGACUGCUACCACCCUGGAGACAGAGUCCUCUGGUAGUAAAAGUGUACCUAAUGUUGAUGCAGGAAGUGUAAUAUCAGACACAGAAAGAUCUGAUGAUGGUAAAGAAGCAGGAAAGGAGAUAAGGAAAAUACAGACCACCACUACAACUCAGGCUGUGCAGGGUCGGUCCAUCACCCAACAAGACAGAGAUUUGCGAGUUGAUUUGGGAUUCCGAGGAAUGCCAAUGACAGAGGAACAGCGACGUCAGUUUAGUCCAGGUCCACGAACAACUAUGUUUCGUAUUCCAGAGUUUAAAUGGUCUCCAAUGCACCAGAGGCUCCUGACAGAUCUGCUGUUUGCACUAGAAACAGAUGUACAUGUUUGGAGAAGUCAUUCUACAAAGUCUGUAAUGGACUUUGUCAAUAGCAAUGAAAAUAUUAUUUUUGUACACAACACGAUCCACCUCAUUUCCCAGAUGGUAGACAAUAUUAUCAUAGCUUGUGGAGGAAUUUUACCAUUGUUGUCUGCAGCCACGUCUCCAACUGGUUCUAAGACUGAAUUAGAAAAUAUCGAAGUGACGCAAGGAAUGUCAGCAGAGACAGCCGUAACUUUCCUCAGCCGACUGAUGGCUAUGGUUGAUGUACUGGUAUUUGCCAGUUCCCUAAAUUUUAGUGAGAUUGAAGCUGAAAAAAAUAUGUCAUCUGGAGGCUUAAUGCGGCAGUGCCUAAGGCUUGUUUGUUGUGUUGCUGUGAGAAAUUGCUUAGAAUGCCGACAAAGACAGAGGGAGAGAGUGAACAAGUCUUCACUUAUGAGCAGUAAAACUCAGGAAACUCUUCAGGGUGUGACGGCAACUGCAACAACCAAGGCACCGUUAGAAAAUGUUCCUGGUAAUCUUUCCCCCAUAAAAGAUCCUGAUAGACUUCUUCAGGAUGUCGAUAUUAACCGUUUGCGAGCAGUUGUUUUUCGUGAUGUGGAUGAUAGCAAACAGGCUCAGUUUUUAGCUUUGGCAGUAGUUUACUUUAUUUCUGUGCUGAUGGUCUCCAAAUACCGGGACAUACUAGAACCUCAGAGAGAGACAGCAAGAUCUGGGACCCAGGCAGGUAGAAAUAUCAGACAAGAAAUAAAUUCACCAACAAGUACAGUUGUGGUCAUACCAUCUAUCCCUCACCCAAGUUUGAGCCAUGGAUUCCUUGCCAAGUUAAUUCCUGAGCAGAGCUUUGCCCACUCAUUUUACAAAGAGACUCCUGCUGUAUUUCCAGAGAAUAUAAAAGAAAAAGAAACACCAACACCAGUUGAAGAUAUUCAGCUGGAAAGCUCCAUUCCUCAUACAGAUUCUGGAAUUGGAGAGGAGCAGAUGCCCAGCAUUUUUAAUGGGACAGACUUAGAGACUAGCACAGGCCCUGAUGCUAUGAGUGAACUGUUGUCUACUUUGUCUUCUGAGGUGAAGAAAUCUCAAGAAAGUUUAGCAGAAAGUCCCAGUGAAAUCCUGAAGCCUGCAUCAUCAAUAUCCAGUAUCAGCCAAAGCAAAGGCAUCAAUGUCAAGGAAAUACUUAAAAGUCUUGUGGCAGCUCCUGUUGAAAUUGCAGAAUGUGGUCCUGAUCCUAUCCCUUACCCUGAUCCUGCCUUGAAGAGGGAAGCUCAGGCUAUUCUUCCUAUGCAGUUCCACUCCUUUGACAGGAGCGUUGUUGUUCCGGUAAAGAAACCCCCUCCAGGUAGUCUUGCUGUCACUACAGUUGGAGCUGCCACUGCUGGAGGUGGAUUGCCACCGGGUACAACACCUAAUAUAUUUGCUGCUACAGGAGCAACACCAAAAAGUAUGAUUAAUACAACAGGUGCAGUGGAUUCAGGAUCUUCCUCUUCCUCUUCGUCCUCUAGCUUUGUGAAUGGUGCUACUAGUAAGAACCUUCCAGCAGUGCAAACUGUUGCUCCAAUGCCAGAGGAUUCAGCUGAAAACAUGAGCUCAAAGAAUACCAGAAAAAAAGAGGCUCCAAGACAGAAAUGCAUCACUGCAAAGCUUGAGAGAGCUCUAGAAAAGGUGGCACCCCUCCUGCGUGAAAUAUUUGUAGAUUUCGCCCCUUUCCUGUCCCGUACUCUUUUGGGCAGUCAUGGACAAGAGCUGUUGAUUGAAGGCCUGGUUUGCAUGAAAUCAAGUACUUCGGUGGUUGAACUUGUUAUGCUGCUUUGUUCACAGGAAUGGCAAAAUUCUAUUCAGAAGAAUGCAGGACUUGCAUUUAUUGAGCUCAUCAAUGAAGGAAGAUUAUUGUGCCAUGCAAUGAAAGACCACAUAGUACGAGUAGCAAAUGAGGCAGAAUUUAUUUUGAACCGACAAAGAGCUGAAGACGUACACAAACAUGCAGAGUUUGAGUCACAGUGUGCCCAGUAUGCUGCUGACAGAAGAGAAGAGGAAAAGAUGUGUGACCAUCUUAUCAGUGCUGCUAAGCAUCGAGAUCAUGUAACAGCCAACCAGCUGAAACAAAAGAUACUCAACAUACUAACAAAUAAGCACGGUGCUUGGGGAGCUGUCUCUCAUAGCCAACUGCAUGACUUCUGGCGCUUGGAUUAUUGGGAAGACGAUCUGCGGCGGCGGCGGCGAUUUGUUCGCAAUGCCUUUGGAUCUACUCAUUGUGAUGCCCUCCUCAAAGCUGCUGUGGAAUAUGGCACUGAAGAAGAUGUAGUAAAGUCAAAGAAAACCUUCCGAAGUCAAGCUGUAGUGAAUCAAAAUGCAGAAACUGAGCUCAUGCUGGAAGGUGAUGAUGAUGCUGUCAGUCUGCUCCAAGAGAAGGAAAUUGACAACCUUGCAGGCCCCGUGGUGCUCAGCACGCCGGCCCAGCUCAUCGCGCCCGUGGUCGUGGCCAAAGGCACGCUGUCCAUCACCACCACGGAGAUCUACUUCGAGGUGGACGAGGAGGAGCCCGCCUUCAAGAAGAUCGACCCCAAGGUUCUUGCCUACACCGAAGGUCUUCAUGGAAAAUGGAUGUUCAGCGAAAUUCGAGCUGUUUUUUCAAGACGUUACCUUCUUCAGAACACUGCUUUGGAGGUGUUUAUGGCAAACAGAACCUCCGUUAUGUUUAAUUUUCCUGACCAAGCCACAGUAAAAAAAGUUGUGUACAGCUUGCCUCGUGUUGGAGUUGGGACCAGCUAUGGUUUGCCACAAGCCAGGUAA